GCGGCCCCCCGGCGCCGUCGGGGGCCCCGAGCGCGGCCGCUGCCCGCGCCGCCGCCGCGAUGCCCAACUUCUCCGGCAACUGGAAAAUGCGGAGCUCGGAAAACUUCGAGGAGCUGCUGAAAGCCCUGGGCGUCAACAUGAUGCUGCGGAAGAUCGCGGUGGCGGCGGCCUCCAAGCCGGCCGUGGAGAUCAAGCAGGACGGGGAGACCUUCUACAUCAAGACCUCGACCACCGUGCGCACCACCGAGAUCAGCUUCAAGAUCGGGGAGGAGUUUGAGGAGCAGACGGUGGACGGGAGGCCCUGCAAGAGCCUGGCCAAGUGGGAGAGCGAGAACAAGAUGGUCUGCGAGCAGCGGCUGCUGAAGGGCGAAGGGCCCAAGACGGGCUGGUCCCGGGAGAUGACCAACGACGGGGAGCUCAUCCUGACCAUGACCGCCGACGACGUCGUCUGCACGAGGGUGUACGUGCGGGAGUGACGGCGCCGAGCCCCGGCGAGGGCCCCCCACUGCGUUUUCAGCCCCACGGAAGGAGCGUCCCACCCCCCCCUCCGCCCCCGGUCCGUAGUUCCCCCUCGCUCCCCCCCCUGCCCGGUAUUUAUUUGUUAAUAUUUUAUUGCAACACCAAACAGCUCCAGCCCGGCGGCAGCAUGGCAGCGCCGGGGCUCGGCAGCCCCGACCCACUUCUGGGAAUGUCUCCUCCGCCUCCCCCCUCUCGCCCCCUUUUUAAUAAAAUUCUCCGGAGCCCCC